GCUGGGCUGGGCUGGGGGCGGGGCCUUGGGUUACAGGAGGAGAGGAAUUAGCCGGUUGGAGCCAGUCCUAGGCUCCCAGGGCUGGGGGAGAGCACCGUGACCUUUGACCCUUGACCCCUGCACCACCCUGGAGAUGGGGUCUCGGGCCUCCACCCUGCUGCGCGACGAGGAGCUGGAGGAGAUCAAGAAGGAGACCGGCUUUUCCCACAGUCAGAUCACCCGCCUGUACAGCCGAUUCACCAGCCUGGACAAAGGGGAGAAUGGGACGCUCAGCCGUGAAGACUUUCAGCGCAUCCCGGAACUCGCCAUCAACCCUCUGGGAGACCGGAUCAUCAACGCCUUCUUCCCAGAGGGAGAGGACCAGGUGAACUUCCGGGGAUUCAUGAGGACGCUGGCCCACUUCCGACCCAUCGAGGACAACGAAAAGAGCAAAGACGUCAACGGCCCGGAGCCGCUCAACAGCCGGAGCAACAAGUUGCACUUCGCCUUCCGGCUCUACGACUUGGAUAAAGACGACAAGAUUUCCCGUGACGAAUUGCUGCAGGUGCUGCGUAUGAUGGUGGGCGUGAACAUCUCUGACGAACAGCUGGGCAGCAUCGCCGACAGGACCAUCCAGGAAGCCGACCAGGACGGAGACAGUGCCAUCUCCUUCACGGAGUUUGUCAAGGUUCUGGAGAAGGUGGACGUGGAGCAGAAAAUGAGCAUUCGGUUCCUUCACUGAUGGACAAGGCCCCAACCUCUCCCUUCCUCUCUAGUAUUUCAGAAGUGGAACAUCAGUCUUCCCCACUGCCAUCGUCUCCUUUCCACCCCCCCCCCGACCCCACCCCAGUGCCCCUGCUGCUCCCGCAUGACGCCCCUGCCCCGGGGCUGGAGGAUGCGGGGAGAUGGCACCUUCCUUCCCCCUCUCCCCUUUUCCGAUCCCCUGCAACUCUUCCCCGGGGCGGGGGCUCUGAGCCGGUGGUGGCCCAGUCAGGUUUUCCCCGGGGGCCUCGGAUCGCUGCCCACCCCCGUCCUGCCCGCCUCCUGCCUCUGCCGCUUGAUUUCAAGUCUCGUGUUCCCCUCCGCCGGCCUUCCCGCCCGCUGCCCGUUAGCCCCUCACAUCUGGUCCGCCCUCGCUCUCGAAUCCAGUGAGGUCACUGAGCUCUGGGAAUCCGAGAAGCCGAUCCCUGUCCUGUGGAAGUCCAGGGAUGGGCAUCCCGACACUCCCGGGGUCACCCCAGUUCUCUCCACCUCCGAUCUCCCGGCUCUUUAGGGGUGGGAGUCCUCUAGUUGGGACGGGGAGGGCAUCCCAACACUCCCGGGGUCACCCCAGUUCUCUCCACCUCCGAUCUCCCGGCUCUUUAGGGGUGGGAGUCCUCUAGUUGGGACAGGGAGGGCAUCCCGACACUCCCGGGGUCACCCCAGUUCUCUCCACCUCCGAUCACCCGGCUCUUUAUGGGUGGGAGUCCUCUAGUUGGGACGGGGAGGGCAUCCCAACACUCCCGGGGUCACCCCAGUUCUCUCCACCUCCGGUCUCCCGGCUCUUUAUGGGUGGGAGUCCUCUAGUUGGGACGGGGAGGAGGGCAGAAGGCCACUGUCCGGCUUCAAGGCAGAGGGGAAGGCCACGGCGCCGGCUGUGGAUCUGCCCGCCCGUGACGAAACCCCAGAAAAUGGGGAAGCCCGAGCGUCGGCGGGGGCCUCGAGGAGAGGAAGUCCUGACUCACUCCGGCCCGAGAGAUUUCAAGUUGGCCCCACUUGUCUCGCCGCCCGUCGUACGGGACCGAGGCAACAAGCGGCCGGGACGAGGAAAGUGGCGGUUUUCCAGCACCAGCUGGGUUGGGAUCACUUCUGGACCAAGAAAGGGCUGGUUUUCCCCCUGCCCCUCCUUGCGCUUGCCCACGGGGGAGGAGGAUGCUUGGGGAGGGGAGCAGCGGCCCAGCGCCAAACAGUGCCAAGCCCCGCGGCCUGAAGUUUCCUUGUCUUGUUUCGUAAAACGUGUUGGGGAGGGUCGGGGCGGGGGGGACGGCGCGGACCAGGAAGGGGAGGUUUGGGCGGGGGGAAUCCAGGGACUGGCGUAAUAGAGGUACUGUAUUCGAGGGAAAAACGGUCAGGCACCCCAUCUAGGAUCGAGAAGGACAGUGAACUUUGAGACCACGUGACCCGCUUCAUUUUUUUUCUGUUGUUUUUAAGAUAAAAAUGUGCUUUCCUCCCCCCUCUGGCUGUGUAGCAAGCCGUUUCGAUCCAUGGUGGUGCCUUACUCUUCCGUUGAAGCUGUUCUCUUCGUCCAUCAAUAAAUUACGUCAGUGUUUGAAAAACA